UUGAAAAAAACGCGAUGACAUCGCUUUUUGUUGUUGGGAUCGAUUUCGGAACAACAUAUUCAGGUUGGUCGUAUUCGUCUAAAUCGGACUUUGACAUCGACCCAACAAAAGUCGCAACAAAGGGUUGGCAUGGAGACCAGUUUGUUUCAUUGAAAGCACCGACAUGUGUCCUGAUCGAACCCGAUGGGGAGACGUUCGCAGCAUUUGGAUAUGAAGCUGAAAACAGGUACAGCAGUCUGGUUGAAGCGGGGGAGCAUACGAAAUGGUACUACUUCAGGAGAUUUAAGAUGAAACUUUACAAGCAGGACAUAACCAGAGAUAUGGACAUUGAAGAUGAAACUGGAAAGAAAUUAAAAGCCAAAUUUGUGUUUAUGGCUUCAAUAAGAUUUCUUAGAGACGACCUUUUGAAAGUCAUUGACGACCGAAUCAAGGGAGAUGUCAAACCCGAUGAGAUAUGUUGGGUUUUAACAGUUCCCGCGAUUUGGGAUGAUGGUGCCAAACAGUUUACGAGGGAGGCUGCUGAAAAUGCUGGCAUUUCUGCUGACAAACUGAUCAUAGCACUUGAACCAGAAGCCGCAGCGAUAUACUGUCGAUUUAUACCUUCGGAAAAGGGUGAUGAUAAGGCCUCACUUUCAACGUUCAAAGCUGGGAGCAAAGUCCUAAUUGUUGAUGAAGGAGGGGGCACUGUUGACAUAGCUGUACAAGAGGUCGCAGAGAACGGUUCUAUGAAGAAUAUUUACAAAGCUAGUGGCGGAGAUUGGGGCGGAACAAAGGUGGACGAUGCGUACGUGAAGUUUUUAGAAGACAUGUUAGGAAAAGAGUCCUUUGAGGAAUUUAAACGGUCAAACAUGGAUGAUUAUAUAUUCAUGAUUCGCGAGUUCGAACUGAAAAAGAGAAGUGUUGACCCAGUGAAAAGUGAUAAACCGAUUAUCUUCAGGGUUCCAUUUGGGUUACAUGCGAAGAAUUUCAGGGGUAAGAAGAUUCACGAGGUUAUAAGGGAUUCCCCAUUUGGUAGUACGGUUUCCAUCAAAGACGACAAAUUGAAGGUCAAUGUGAGUGUAGUAACGAAAUGUUUCAAGACGCAAGUUGACGCCAUAGUUGACCAUGUUUCCAACCUUAUUGACCAGUCGACCAUAGAUGAGAUUGCAGCAGUUGUUCUAGUAGGAGGAUUUAGCAAUUGUCCUAUACUCCAACAAGCUAUGAAGACAAAGCUUGAUAAUCAUACGAUUAUCGUCCCAAAUGAUCCAGACUUGGCAGUCUUGAAGGGGGCCGUGAUUUUCGGACAUAAACCAGAGCUGAUUUCCCAGCGAGUGAGCAAAUACACGUACGGAAUAGAUACAAGGGCGCAAUUUAUUGAACAUGUUCACAGAGAAUCUUAUAGAGUAAAAAACGAGAACGGGGGUUUUCGCUGUCAGCAUGUCUUUGAUAAACACAUUACAGUUGGGCAGUGCCUCAUUGUUGGAGAAGCACAAGCUCAAAAGGGCUAUGUACCAGUCAAACCAAGUCAAACGGCUUUAAACUUUGAUAUUUAUUAAACCCUUGAUCCAGAUCCGAUGUAUGUUACCGACAAAGGUUGCCACUUUGCAGGCACAUUGGAUGUACCCAUAGAAGGAAGUGGGCUUGCCCGAUCGGUUAAUGUACGAAUGAUUUACGCAGGGACAGAGAUAGAAGUUGAGGCUACUGAAGUCGCUACCGGGAAAGUACAUCGCCUGAAAAUUGAUUUCUUGAACUAAACGUUCUAAAACAUAACGAACACGUCUUAAGCUACGUGGUGACCUAAAAUAUUUUUGUUUACCUUAAGCUUGUUCAAGACUGUCUUAGGAAGUAUAAAACCAUCGCAUUGAAAAAUCAUAGUAUUCUUAGUUUUAUUUAGAGUAGUUUAUUUAGUUUCUAUGUCUUCGGUAAAUGUUAUGUCUCUAAACAACAACACGUCAUGAACAACCAAAAUGUGCUAAAACAUCAAAUAUAUCAUAUCGAUAUAAGACAAUUAUGGUCAUCUUAUAAGAAAAGUAUCCAAUGUGUUUAUGCCGAAAUAUUGACACUGAACGUGUCAGUACCCAGUGAACAUCCUUAGAUGUUAUCAAAUAUUAUAACUAUAGAAUAGGCUUGAUAUUUUGAUGUGUGUGUGGUUUGUCUAUGCUGUUGUGCAUGUUGUGUUUCUUUAGUUUAGUUACUAUUUGCUUAAACUUUAAACAGGUUCUGCGUCAGAUUUUCUGAGACUGGGCUUGUCCCUUCAAUGUUCAUUUUAAAUAUCGACUGGGCAAUAUAAAGGUUGUGGUUGUGAUUCUUGUUUUUUUGAUUAUUGUUAUUGUUCUUAAUUUUGUUGUUGUUGUCUUUGUUAUUGUUGCUGUUGUUGAGACCAAAGCAAUACAUCUUAAGAUAUAUCCGAUAUAUCAGUCCUUUAAUAUUUACUUCAAACUCUUUUAAAUACAUAGUGAAAGUUAAUCUCAGUUCUAUGAGAUUCUACAUGUAUGUUCUUUUUAAUGGAACAGGAAAUUCAUGUAUAUAUCAGUUAAUCCAAAUUCCUUGUUACUGUAUGCUUUUAUUCAUAGCAUUGUUUAGUCUUGCAGUUUUAAUAACAUGUGCACCAUUAUGAAUUGCAAAUAAAAUUUAACUCCA